CGAAGGUGAAUCCGGAGAGGGGACUGUUUAGCAUGAAGUGCAGCUUGGGGGUGGGGAGAGCGCCUCUCCCCCCGCCCCGCACAUGGCUCUUCCCCUGCUAAGUUUGGGCUUUUACCUGCAGCUUCCGCUCCCUUCGGAGACUCCUCACGUACAGCAGGGAGAGCGAGCGAGCGAGCCAGCGAGCAGGGGCUUCCAUCAGCACUAAACCAGGAAGUGGGGAAGGAAGCACCGCUGGAGGGAGCCUGGCCUGAGGGAGUUGCUCGGUCGCAAGGACAGGCGCGCCCGUGUUCCCCUGGAGCUUCUCCCACCCCUUCCCCAAUGGCUUCUCCCGGGGACCCUCCUCUGCCUGAAGCAGAUCAGGCAAUGAAAGAGCCAGUAGAAGAUACAGACCCUAGCACUUUAUCCUCAGAAGAAACAAACAAGUACCCUGUUCAAGAUACAGCACUACCAAAAGAUGAUGAAUACCAAACAGAAAAAGUGACGUUGGAAAUAGCAUCUGUUAACAUUAGGAGCCUGACAUCUGAUUCGGGUCUCAUACAACAGCCAGAAGAAGAUGAUGACAGCCAAAGUAGUACUGGUGAAUCACCUACAGCUCUGAAGAAGUCGUGUACAGAAAAUGGCACCUGCUGCUUAUAUUUGUCUCGCCAGCCAACCAUCAGUGACCUGCUCAAUGAUGAGGACUUGCUGUACAUGAUGAGGAUAAAGUUGGAUCCCUCCCACCCCACAGUGAAAAACUGGAGAAACUUUGCAAGCAAAUGGGGAAUGACCUACGAUGAAUUGUGUUUCCUGGAACAGAAACAACAGAGCCCUACCUUGGAGUUUUUGCUACGGAAUAGUGACAGAACUGUGGAUCAGCUGAUUGAUCUCUGUAAAUUAUAUCAAAGAGUUGAUAUUGAGAAAAUGCUGCUGAAGUGGGUGGAAAAAGAAUGGCCAAAGAGAGGGCAUGGAACCUAUCAGAACAACUACUAAAUGAAAGAAAAUGUCCAAUCCACAUUACUUCUAUGGUGGAAAAUUGAGAGAGUAACAUAACUCUGUUCAGUUUGCUAAGUGUGCAUGUGUAGCUUUCCUUUGUUAGUGAAAGGAACCACAUUCAUUUUUGCAACAUAAAAUGUUUACCGUAUCUGUGUACCUAGCCUUUGCAACAACACGGGUGAUCUUUAAAUAUGCAUCAGUUCAAUGCAGCAAAAGAAGAAUGACAACCACAAUACACUAUUUGGGCUGACUGCACAGUUACUUCCUUCAAACAAACUGAACUAUAAUUAAUUCCCAUUUUCAUGGAGAGAAUAAUAAAAGUGAAGAAGGAUAAGGGUCUGGACCUCUUUAAAGGGCUCAUACCUAUACUGCUGGGGCCUGUUCCAGUUCACCAUAGUUGCCUCAGCCAUAGAGAGAAGAAAGCAGACCAUACCAGACUGGAAUAUCUUCAUUUAUUUAACCUAGCCUGCUAAUUCCUGUGGGGAUAUAUUUUUGUACUUCUAAAGAUAUAUGUGAACUGUACAGAAGUAAGGCAUGUGCUUCUGAAGAAAGCAGGCUAGGGGCACCCAAGGUUGGCUUCCUUGGGCACUGACAACCUCCAGCGCCCCUUCAUCCUGCUGCUACCCAUCUAGCAGCCCUGAGUGAGCUGGCAGUGAAAGGAGCAAGGAGAAAAUGGACCAGCACUCUCUAAUCACCUCACCCUCUCCUUAGGGUGUGGAUUAGGCCCACAGGACAGGACAAAUGAAUGGGCAAUGUCAACAGUAAUAAGAAGGACAUGGGACUACUUGAAGUGGGGUUCCUGAAGGCAUCUAGCUGAGGGUCUCCCGAAACCUGGAGCUGACAGUGGGAGUAUGUAGUCCUCUUUGCCCUUAUGUUUGUGUCAAUACAGAUUCAGUUUUACUGCUACAAUUAAAGGUCCUGGACUAUGAGUGGGUGACACAGAAAAUUGUGGCAGCUUCCCUUUGCUGUUGCUUCUGAAAGCUAUGAUCAGCAAUUGCAUUCCCUUGACUUAAGGUUGGUUUCUCUUCCCCGCCCCCCUUCUGUAUUCUUGAGUAUUAGAUGUCAUCCAGAUAUUUCAAGUUCUAACCUGCAUAACGAAAAUAAACUCUGAACAUUUUAUGUUUGGAACAGCUUUGUAUUUGGAAUCGUGUGCUGUUUAGAUACUCUGCUUUAAUAAAUUAAUUUUGGGCAAGUAUUAUAAACAACCUAGUCAUUAUAUAAAUUUGUGUUUAAAUAAAGCAGCACCUUUAGGGUGUGCAAUCCUGUAUUGCAAGUAAAAUAAAUUGCAUAUUUAGUUCACAGAGAAUUGUCAAGAGCCAGUAGCUCUAGCUUGUUUCAGAUUAUUCAAGUUCACUCUAGUGUCUCUGUAGUUUUAGAUCUUUUAGCUUCUUUGAAUUAAAGUGGUUAAAUCUCAAAUGUGGCAAUAUAUUGAAAUAUUUUUGGAGUGAUUCCAUUAAUUGGAAUUGCUCAUUCCCUGUGGUUAGUAGAUUUGUUCCAACAUGUUUUCAGAGACAGUUUGAGAACUAGUAUUAGAGCAGGCUGUUACAAAGCAUUUAUCUCUACAAUAUUAUCAUAACAAUUAUGAGAGAUCUAUUAGUAAACCUUAGUAAACUAUUGAAAGAAAUAGUCUCAGAAAUUAACUUCCAGAUUAAUUACAGUCACUUGAAUAUGCAUCUUACAUAGCAUGACACAAUGGUGGGCAGAGGGCCAAUUCAGAGGUAAAAGUCAGACACUUUGAAUACAUUACAAAUGUGAAGGGUAUGCUGUAGAAAAAAUGAAUCAUUUGAUACAUAUGUGAAUAGAAAAAGGGAUCAUUUGUUACACAUGUGAAUCGGAACAGAGGUAAUAAGAAACCAUAGGAUCAAGAUCUGUAUUAAAAUAAUGAAGGGCUAAACCAGGCUGUUUUUUCUUUCAAAAAUAUAGAAUACGUAAAAUGUUGAGCUAUAGCCCUAAGCAUGCAUGCUUAGCAGCAAUUCGUUUAAAUUGAAUGGGACUUACUUCCAAGUAGGUAUGCUUAUGACUGAAGCCUUUUUCAGACAUGCUAAGCUCUUGAAAAUUCUUCUGAAUAGCUUUCAGAGUCACUGCCUUCAAGAACAUUUGUUGAAGAGUUCAACAGAUGAGGCAAGUUAGCUUUGAAUGUUGAGUGAAACCUCAGCCGCAGUAUGUUUACUCCUUUUACUCACAUAAUAAUAUGCUGAAUUUUUAAGAAUUGCUAAGUAUUUUUUUACUGUAAUGGAUCUGUGUUUACAUAGUCUCUACUGUGUAUAUAAUCGGUCUCUGUUACAUGUUUGUGUUAUACCUUGGUU